CCCUCGGCCCUGGGGACCCGAGAACACUGGGAUGCUGUAUACGAGAGAGAACUGCAGGCUUUUCAAGAACGUGGAGAUUCGGGGGAAGUAUGGGCACCCACCUCAGCUGAUGGUCCCUUCAGACUGGCCUGAUUUCCUUCUUCAUGAAGUCCUCCUCUCCAGUAUUGGGUUCUAUCGCUUUAAUCUGUGUCUGCCCCGUUUGGAGAAGAAAGUAUGAACCGAUUAAUCAAGUGGAUGGAAAAACGCAAGAUCCCCUUGGAUGCUUCAGUGCUUGACAUUGGAACUGGAAAUGGCAUCUUUCUGGUUGAACUGGUUGGCAAAAUUGGGAUACUCUGAUGUUACUGGAAUUGAUUACUCUCCUUUGGCAAUACAGCUUUCUGGAAGAAUAAUAGAAAAGGAAGGUUUACCUAACAUUAAGUUACAGGCGGAAGACUUUUUGAAUCCUUCCACCAAACUAUCUGGAUUUCAUGUUUGCAUCGACAAAGGAACCUUUGAUGCCAUAAGCCUGAAUCCUGACAGUGCGUCUGAGAAGAGAAAGCAGUAUGUGAAAUCUCUCUCCAGGGCACUGCAAGAUAAAGGCUUCUUUCUCAUCACUUCUUGUAACUGGACCAAAGAUGAGCUGCUAAAUGAGUUCAGUGAAGGAUUUGAAAUUCUGGAAGAAUUGCCAACACCCACGUUUACCUUUGGAGGGAGAUCUGGAAACAGCGUAACAGCAUUGGUUUUCCAAAAAAACUUUUCCAAGAAAGAGAUGAGUAGGGUGGGAUUCAAAGCCCAAGCGUCGGAGGCCAGAUUAGCGAGAGGAGAUGAUGGCGGAGCUCGGGGCUCUGGUGUAUGGAGAUGGGGCACUCUCUUUGUACCUCCUUGGAAUGGCUGCAGUUUGGGGACAUGUGAGAUUACAUCGACGACGAACAGAAUGAUAAUUCAUUUGGCAAAUACUACUCCACAAAGAGCCGAUAGUGAGUCAGCCUCAAACUGCAUCCUUUUUGCUGCUUUAGGAAGUUCGUUUUGUUUCUUUUUUCUGAUGAACAUUGAAGGUUACCUUUGAGAGGACAUGCUUGGCUUGUACCCAUGGUCAGUAUGAAGAGCGAUCAUUCGUCUUUUAAUGUUUGGCUUGCCAGUGAAGGAAGCGUCAGGAGGGGAGAUAAUCUGGCCAAGACAUAGUUCUUGCCCCCCUGGAGCCUUUCCUGGCCUGGAAAUGCAAUUAUAGUCAGUGUUGUAAAAAAAAAAAAAAAAAAAGAACCAAAGAAAUUAGG